AUGAAUAAACACUAUGACGAGAGCGAUCUAAGGUAUCGUUUGCCCUACAUCAUCGAGACCGGGAGACUCCACUUCGGCUUUGGAAAGGUUGGCUUUUGGAAAUGGUGUGAUGGCGGAAACACGACGUGGACAAAUAUCAAAGCAGCGAUGAUCUUUUGUGACGAGCUACUCGAGAAGGAGAAGUUUGUAGGUCAGUCGUAUGAACAGAUAUAUAUCGGAGCGUUGGAGGAGUGGAUGAAGGUUGUUAAGGACGAUGAAAUGUUGAAGUGUUAUCUCUCUCCGGCGCAAACUUGGGUUCGAAAUCAGAUGGGGGAGCAGGCUGGCUCUUCCUCUACCCAACACUCCACCAAUCCGAAUGUAAACUCUCAGUCUGCCAUCGCUAGGAGCCCACAGUUCACUGUGUAUCCCAGCAGUACUACCGUCCCCCCAUCCUUGGAAAACAUGUUUCCUCAGCCAUCCUCAUCGCGCGCUACGUUCUAUGCUGGCGGUCGUAGUUCUUCCUCAGCGGGCUCGGGACUUCCAGCCACAGAGACGGAGAAAGGGAAGUUGAUGUUAAACCCUCUAUAG